CCCCCCCACGAUCCGACCCCCGCCAUUCAUAUACAUAUGCAAAUGAGUCGAGGAUUUUCGGGAGUUCGACGCGAUUCCCUUGCGCCCGCACGCCCCGCAAAUUAAAUUCCCAAGCUAAACGUGUCGGCGACGCGUGGCCCGGAACCGGGGCCAAGUGGAAGGCUAAGAGCUCUUUACGCCGUGUGACCCCCUGGCCGACAAGGACAGGUGGAACAACAGGUCACAGAACAGAGACUUAGAGACUUGCGGCCGCAGGAUUGAUGUUAGGGCGAAAGUUCUCUGCCAGCUGCAUAGAUGCUACCCCAGUCGCAGGUCGCUCCCAGGACGCCACUCUAGUACCGAGGAACCGAGGAAGACUGCCAGCCGGCGGAGAGUAGACGCCGGACCACCCAAGGACCACCCACGUAAUGAGCGGUGCCGCCGCUCGGCUGCUGCUGCGCCUGGAGCUGCCCGCGCCGGGUGUGAUGCCCCCGCCGCCGACCGACUACGACUGGGGGCCCAUCGGCGAGGAUGAGUUUCUGGCCAGUGCCACGGCCACAGCAACGGCCAGGAGUCACGAGGAUGCGGUGCGCUACGAGAUGGCCGACAUUCUGGGCAGCACGGUGCCCACCACGCUGUACGAGCAGGUGGUGCAGCAGUGGCUGCCGGCCCUGAACGGCAGCUACACGACGCACGGCCCCAACCACACGGACCUGCAGACGGACCUCCUCUAUCCGCACUACGACGACGCGGACUUCGAUCUGGAGCCGAACUGGACGCGCACCUGCGAGGAGGUGUACAAUCCGCUGCUGGAGAACAACCGCAUCGAGUUCUGGGUGUGCGGCGUCCUGAUCAACAUCGUGGGCCUGCUGGGCAUCCUGGGCAAUGUCAUCUCGAUGAUCAUCCUGUCGCGCCCGCAGAUGCGCUCCAGCAUCAAUUACCUGCUGACGGGCCUCGCCCGCUGCGACACCGUGCUGAUCCUCACCUCCAUCCUGCUGUUCGGCAUUCCCUCGAUCUACCCGUAUACGGGGCACUUUUUCGGCUACUACAACAACGUGUAUCCGUUCAUCUCGCCGGUGGUCUUCCCCAUUGCCAUGAUCGCCCAGACGUCGAGCAUCUACAUGACCUUUACGGUGACCCUGGAGCGGUACGUGGCCGUCUGCCAUCCGCUGCGGGCCCGCGCCCUGUGCACCUACGGCCGUGCCAAGAUCUACUUCAUUGUGUGCGUGUGCUUCGCCCUCGCGUACAACAUGCCGCGCUUCUGGGAGGUGCUGACGGUCACCUAUCCGCUGCCCGAGUCGGAUGUGGUGCUGCACUGCGUGCGGCCGUCGCGGCUCCGCCGGAACCAGGCGUACAUCAACAUAUACAUACACUGGUGCUACCUGAUCAUCAACUACAUCAUACCCUUCCUCACCCUGGCCAUACUCAACUGCUUGAUCUACAGGCAGGUGAAGCGGGCGAACCGGGAGCGCCAGCGCCUGUCGCGCUCCGAGAAGCGGGAGAUCGGCCUGGCCACCAUGCUCCUCUGCGUGGUGGUGGUGUUCUUCAUGCUGAACUUCCUGCCGCUGGUCCUGAACAUCUCGGAGGCGUUCUACAACCUGAUCGACCACAAGCUGACGAAGCUCUCCAACCUGCUGAUCACGAUCAACAGCAGCGUCAACUUUCUCAUUUACAUCAUCUUCGGGGAGAAGUUCAAGCGCAUUUUUUUACUCAUUUUUUUCAAACGGCGCCUGAGUCGUGACCAGCCGGAUCUUAUACACUACGAGAGCUCCAUAUCGAACAACGGCGACGGCACCAUCAAUCACCGGUCGUCCGGCCGCUUCUCGCGGCACGGCACACAGCGGAGCACCACCACCACCUACCUGGUGGCCACGGGCGCCGGCGGCGGGGGUGGGGGCGUGGGCGGGGGCGGGGGCAGCACCUCCCAGCUGAACAAUGUCCGACUCACGCAGGUGUCCGGCUCGCCCGGCCUGGUCAAGAUCAAGCGGAAUCGUGCCCCCUCACCGGGUCCGGUGGUCUACUUUCCGGCUCGCGAGAUGCAGCGCUCCGUGUCGACGAACACCAAUUCGGCGACCAAUAAUAACACGGCCAUCGGCUAUGACUGGACGUUGCAGGACAGCAAGAAGCUGGGGCAUGUCUCCUCGGGCUUCUGAGGGAUUCCCUGAUCCCUCAGUCCACUGGUCAUGUACAUACACCUAAAUAUAUCCAAAGAGAUCAGGCUUUAUCUAAACGAAUAUAAUAUAAUAUACUCUAACAUAUGUAUCUGUAUCUGUAUAUGUAUAUGUAUCUGUAUAUGUAUCUUUAUCUGUAGUGAAGGCAUCAAACUAUGCGCUCCAAGCGUUGCGUUACUUUGUGAUAAGCGUUAAGUGUUUCCUGCUCCUACUUCUACUCCUACUCCUCUUGCAACUUGAACUACUUUACCUCCUCCUUAAAUAUUUCUCGAAUUCAAAGUACAGGUACGAGUAGUAGCAGGCCCCACUGUAGUGUCUUCUUGUCUCGUCUUGUCUCGUCUUGUCUUGUAAAAACUGCUCAAUCAAUCGAAUUUCUUUCAAUUUUGCACUAAAUUAGACAGCAAAAGUUUUCCAGAGUCAUUCGCAAUAUCGUUUUGCCGACCCAGCCGACCCAGCCGACCCAGCCGACCCGUUCACGCCCACUUUCCCCACUGACAGAACUUUUCGCUUCUUUAUUUAUUAUCAAGUUUUGGGUGCUUUUAAUUAAAUAUCCUUUGGAGAGCAUUUCAUUUCUCAGCCGAACUUGAUGGAUGAUUUCCCUUUUUUAUUUCGCCCUGCUGUUCCGAUGAUUUUGGUUUUUGUUUUCCAAACUUUUCCAAACACUGGCGGGGCGAAAGUGUUGGGGUUAGCGGGGCAAUCUGUCAACUUGUCGGAAAGAAAACUUUUUAAAACGCUGCUCAAAAGUUCAAAGUCAGCUCUCAGCUCUCGGCUCUCGGCUCAGAGAAGUUCCGCCUGUGAGUCCCGUAAGUAGCUCAAUUUAACAUCAACAACUGCAUUAACAGUAAGCCAUAAUAGCAACAACAACAAAAACAACAACAACAACAACAAAAUAAAGAAAAAGACAUUUUCAGGUAUUCAACAAAAUGAAUUAAAAGUACUCUAAACACACACACAAAAUAAAAAAAAUAAAAUACAAAUUAAGAUAAAAUGAAAUUAUUUUUUUUGCUAUUGUAUAAAAUAUAUUUAAGAGUUCUGUGUAAAUAUUUGGAAAUAGCGUGUCCAUGCAAAGCAUAAAUGAUCCCAAAGAAAAUGUUCCGGUUUUCCAUUGAAAAUAAGUCCAGGAAUGGGAGUCCGGGAUUCGAAGAAAUUCCAGCCAUCAUCCUCUCCUGCCUGCAAUAAAUACGAGAACAUAAUGCCCCUAUUUUAUCAUGUAUCAAAAUAAUAGUAAAAGUUCCAGUGGCCGCUUAUCAAAUCAAAGAAAUACUCAUCAUAUGGGAAUACCCCCCCCACCACCCGCGAGAACCCAAAGGGCUUCUCAGUUAACUAAAUACUUGUACUAUUUAUUUAGAAUUAGGUUAGCCUUAAUAUUGUAUAGUUGUAUCGAAUACGUAACCGAAAAGUCGUCAUAACUAAUUUCAAGGAUUGAGCAAAUAAAUGAUGAUGAGAAA